GGAUUGGAUAUGAGACUGCUCUGGACUUGGCCAAACGUGGAGCAAGGGUGGUUCUGGGAUGUCGAAACAUGGACAGAGGUCUCGAGGCGGUCAACAAGAUCAAGAUUGAGUCCAAUAAUAAGAACGUGGUGGUUCAAACUCUGGAUCUAUCUAGUAUUGCCUCCGUCCGAAAAUCUGCUCGUGAAUUUUUGAAACGAGAGCGAAGAUUGGACAUUUUGAUAUUGAAUGCAGGGAUCGCACUCACAAAGAAAUAUCUCACUGAGGAUAAUUUUGAAGUGCACAUGGCAUCUAACCAUUUCGGGCAUUUCCUGUUGACCAAUUUGCUGGUUCCACUCUUGGUCAACAGUUCAAUGAAGAAGGCCAAUCCUGGUCGAAUUGUGGUGGUGUCCAGUUUGGCUCAUUGGUGGGGCAAGAUUGAAUUGGACAACUUAAACUCCGAACGCUCUUAUGAUAGCUCCAGAGUCUACGGUAAUACGAAAUUGGCCAAUGUUUUGUUUACCAAAGAGUUGGCCAGACGAUUGAAGAACUCCAACAUCAUUGUGAAUGCCAUUCAUCCUGGUGCUGUUCAAACCGGUUUGUUCCGACACAUUCCCUAUUUCGGACCCAUUUUCCACUUCUUUGCCGGUCUUGCCAUCAAAAAUCCCAAGGCAUGAGCUCAAACUACGAUUUUUGCCGCAGUGGACGAAAGCCUUGAUAAUGUGACCGGAGAAUACUUUUCUGAUUGCAAGCCAUGCUCUCACUCAAAUGAAUCAAAAGAUCUGGAAAUGGCCACCCGUUUGUGGAACAGGAGCGUAGAAAUCCUGGAAAUGGAUCGCAACGAAGUCAUUCCAAUGCCCAAGAAGAAUUAAACUUAAUUAAUUGACCAAAACUGUUCAGUCAAAAUAUAA